AUGUCGAACUACCUCAACAACCUCCUCACGACUACUACCUCUAAGUACAACACGCUGCGGCGUCAGCUCCUCUCCGACGAAGCAGACGGCGACACCGAAGACGACUCGCACAUUGCCCGCGUGCUGCGCGCCUACUACACAGAGAAAGGCAGGCCGUUCCCGCAAUGGCUGCCCCCCGACCCAAAGGCUCCGCAGGCCGCGCCCGCGCAGAUGGUCUCUUCGGCAGGCCGUGGUUACGGCCAGAUGGGACAGCAACAGCAGAUGAUGGGCCGUGGAGGAGGCCUCGGUGAUCUGUGGGACUCGCCUUCGCAAGCUGCCCCGCAGCAGCAGGAGCCAAUGUCGCUACGUCGGGCUCAGGGACGAGGCGGUGGUGGGCUGAGAGGAAACAAUCUAUCGCCGGAGCCGCAAGUGCAGGGCAGACCGCUGCCCAGUCAACGAGCUGGAAGCCACCAGAGCAACUUGUCAUUCCGCAGCGAGCAGUCGCCCUCGCAGGCGGGCGGUUCAGGGACUUCGGCACAGGACAGACUCAAGGCGCGGUUGUGGGGAUCGGGCAAGUCCCAGAGCGCAUCGUCUUCGCAGAACCCCAGUCCCUCAACAUCGCCAGCGCCUCCAGGCGGCAUGCGCAGUCCAUACGACCGUCCUCAACAGGGUGGAGGGCGCGCUCCAUAUCCUGACGAUCGCGGCAGCGGAGGCUACUCAGGUGGAGGGAGGCAGCAAAACAACUAUAACGUGUCGGCCAACUCGCCGUGGGCUGGCGGCAAUGAUGAUCCCUAUGGGCCGUCCUACAACAGUGCGCCACCGCAGCAGCCUGAGAGGAGACGCGUUGGCCUGCCGAACGGGCCACGCAUGCGUUGA